AUAGUAAUAAAUGUUGGCAAUCUUGUAACAUGUGUUUGGUAUACCUGUCUAAUAUUUUACAAAUUUUUAUUUAUGGUUCUCUCAAAUAUCUUAUUUUACAUUCAUUUCAACGUAUUCAAUUAGAUUGACUUGAAAUAAUUGAGAUACUAAUGUGUUUGCCUCCUUACACUUAUUGUUUAUGCGAAAGUGAUUUCUACACAAUAACCUCAAAAUGAAGGUUGGGAAUAAAACUAAUAGAAGAAAAGUGGACAUUUCAACAAAUAAUUUAAAAAUUACUUUUCCCAAUUUUAGGACAUCCAAAACGAACAAUCAAGCUGAAAAUUUAGAAUUACAAGACGAACAUCUGGAUUUUGAACCUGAUGAUGAUCUCACAGGCAAUGAUUCUGAAGAAGAACAAAAUCAUUUUGCAAACAGUUAUAAUAAUGAAAGCUUUACUGAAAGCAAUUCAAUUACAGAAGAAUUUGAAACCUUUUCAACAGAAUCUCAAAAAGAAAAUUCAGUACACUACUCUACUAAUAGAAAUAAUGACCAUUUUAGAAUUACUACUAAAACAUCAACAUUUGAAUACUCACAUCGAGGGGAUCUGCUUCAGUACCAUACCUACCCCAAUAGAUCAGAAGAUAGUCGAAAAAAAGAAUAUUUGCAGGUGAUUCCACCACUAAUCUCUGGACAAGUUAUGAUAGACAGUUCAAGUGAUAGUGACACCAGCAGUGAUAGUUUUGAACAUGAUGAUAUGGGUGAAGUUGAUGAUAAUGUGAAUUGCUCUCCAACAGAUACUGAUGAAGGAAAUGAAUAUUGGGAAUCGAAUGAAAAUGGAGCAGAAGAAAAUUGUGAAGAACAAAUUGAUAAUAAAGAUAUCUUGAACCAUGAUGAUGAAUAUUCUGAAACAUCAGUAACCUAUGAAGAAGAGGAUGUAGCUCAGAAACCAUUUUUUUGUGAUAAAAGUUUAUGUACAUCUGGCUUUAAUAUAAUAAUAAAAACUAAUAUAAAUUCCAAAAAGCUAGUUUUACAGAGAGAUUCUUGGAAAAAGAUGAGAAGACACUAUAAAGCUAUCGAUAAAAGGUGGAAACUUCGACCCAAUCCUUAUCAUCACAUUAGAUUGUUUUUAGAAGAUAUUGGAUAUGUUCCAUUAUUGUAUAGACUCAAAGACAGUAUUAAUUUCAGUAGCAUUGAAACGAUGAAUGUAGAAUCAUCUUCAUCUAUGUCUAGUUGUGAUACUUUUAUUUCAAAGCAGUCUCAGAAAAAGAAGAUAUGUGAACAAAUUGGAAAAUGUGAAUCACAGAUAUCCUCAUUUAAAGUACCGUUGCCUCCUACAAAGAGGCCUCCUACGAGACCUAAGAGGUCAGAUAGUGUUUCCUCUAAUGAAACCAUAUUGAGUCGUAUAGAUGAUAGAUCAGUACAAGAAUGUAGAGAAGAUGAUGUUAUAUCAAUUUCAGCUUCUUCUAUCGGCUAUUUGGAACCAGAGGAGGAAGUCAAAGAAGAACAAUUUUCCGCCUAUCAAAGCCUUAUCAACGACAAUGAGUCGGUUACCACCAGUUUCUCUGGAGGAUAUUGGUUAUCUUCCAAGUUACAAAAUACUUCACCUCCUUCGCCUGUUUCCUUAAAUUUUAUACCUCCCCAAAACUCACCCUCAAAUUCCAAAGCUUUAGCCAUGUCUUCACAAUCCAUUCCUUCCUUAUUCACAAAUAUAAUUAAAUGUCCGUUUUUAGAAUCUGAAACUAAUACUAGGAAAAAUUCAGCUGUUCCACCAGCGGGACCGAAUCGUAUAAAUUUUAUGGAAGUUCCUAGAUUUUUUGCUGGAAUUUGUUACCAUCAUUAUUUUAAUGGACGAUGCGUUAAAGUUAACUGUACAUUACCACAUUUUAUAAAGGACAGUUUAUUUUUUAAUAAAUGUAAGGAUCUUGAAUCAUCAGAAGAAGUGCGAAGUUUAUUCAAUUAUGUUACUAAUUUUGAUAGGCUUUUUGAAGAUAUUUAUGCAGUAUUUUUAAAAGCUUUUGGACAUUUCAAAAUGAGAAUCGAUCUUAUUAAUUGCAUCCAUCUUUUUUUAAAGAAAGAAAAUAUAGCAUUCAAGAACGCUAUGGAAACUAUAAUUGAAUCGCUACAAAAUACUGGAUUAACUUUUUUACAGACCGUUGAAAACAUUUUAUUCAAUAUUGAAUUUUUACAAUGUCCCAUUCUGACCAACACGCUACUGGACAUUUUAACCACUAGGUCUAAUAUAAGAGAUAACUGGGAAGUAAUAAAACGAAUUUGCAAAGGAACUCAAUUCAUUGCCCCCGAAUUUUUCGAAAGAAUACUCUGUAAACUACUGAUAAUAGAAAUUCCAAACAACCGAGACUUAUCAAUGGACAUCUACAACACAGUCGUUAAAAAAGAAAUAACUAAUUUAUCAUUAGUAGAACCUCGUUUACUGAGAGCUAUAAAAGCGACAGUGGAAUUAGAGGAGAAAUCAUUAGACAAUUUCAUCGAUGAGAAUUUGUCUAUAGAAAGAGAAAAAUAUGAAAGAUCUCAAAACAAUGAUUGUGAAACUUCUCCUUUCGAUUAUGAUCAAAACAGUUUAUCUGAUGCUGAUGACAGACUCAAUUAUGUCGCUCCCAGUUAUUCGUCAAGAAAAUCUAUUCGUGAAGAAAGUAAUUCCCCUGUUUCUAUCGGUACAAGAAGAUCGAGCAGUGAUUUGGAUAUUGGUGGUAAUAAUUCAGAUGUAUAUUCACUCCAAGGUGUAAAAAAUUAUCAAUAUGUACCCCAAGCUGUUACUAAAUGUCGUGAUUCUAUGAGUAUAUCAAGUACAUUUAGAUGUCCGACUCCAAAUUGUAGCUCUUCAAAGGUUAAAACUUCUCAACGUUAUUCUCCUGUGGAGAACAGUGUGAUGACACACAGUACUACUGAUAUUACUGCUUUAGCGACUUCAGAUUAUUAUGGAUACCCAGAUCAACCAAUUAUUGGAAAAUUCAAAUUUAACGAAGGAUUUAUUUUUGAUCAGUCGUUACAUCAUCUUUUACCAUCAAGUUGUCACCAAGUAAGCAUGAGUGAAAGCCAUAUUAUUGAAUUGAAUAAAUUCAUUUUGAAUGGUAAUGGAAGUGGAUUUUUAAGGAUAUUAGAUUUAUAUAAAAGUCCUACUACUAUACAGCAUUUUGUUACUAUGUGUGUAGCCGACAUAAAGUCCUGUAAGCAUCCAUGUAACCAAUUUUUAGACCUAUUGGAAAAUAUAGGAUGUAUAGAGCCAAAUUUUAGGACAAACAAUUUGUUAAAAGGGAUAUUUGAAGUAAUCGCUUUCAAUAUGUUGUUAGUUUUUGAAAGGAAAUGUCAAUAUGAGGAUGCAAGGAGAUUUGUUGAAGUCUUCAAUGAUUGGGACAGUUUAAUAUCUUCGAAGCAAUUUGGAUUGAGAAAGUUAACUCCUAUGGGACGCUAUAUAUUACUUGCCAAGCUACUCACAAAAUCCAAGGCGUUUUACUAUGCUUAUGAAAUUUUGCAGUCACCUGAUCUGAAUUUGUUAGAUUCUCCUAAAAAUUGGCCACUUUUCAGAAUUGAUAAUAUAGAUCUAGAAUCAAGAAACGCGGUGCUUGUUGACUUUUUCAAAGAAGCUUAUAAAUCCAAUAUUGAAGUAGUAUGUGAUAUGUUCAGAAAAAUUUUCCAGUUUAAAAAUAUAUACCAAUUUGAUGCUUACAGUUAUUUCAAUCCGAUGCUGGAACAUCUCAUUAAUCAUGAAAAAAGUCUGUUGCUUAAAUAUUUCUACUCUAAUAUAGAUAUUUUUUACAAUAAAAUGGAAAGAAAUAUAUUUCGAGCGUUUACAAUUUUUAUGGAGGGUAAUCUUACUUUAGAACAUAGGUUAAGAUUAUAUGAAUAUGGUUGUAAGAAAGGAAUAUAUGUACAAUUUACGGGUAGAGAACAGACAAUAGUACUGAGGACAAAUAUGCCUAACAAUGAAAUAAAAUUGAUACUCCAAUAUUAUUUCAAGGCUAUGUCUCGUCUUGCAUAUUAUGAGGUUAAUCAUGAUCUCAAUAUAGAAAUCAAGCUACCGGAUGGUAUCGUGGAUUCACCUAAAAUAUUGCACAGGUGUAUUAGGAGUAUUAAUGAAUUGAAUAUGUCUGUUAAAGAAAUUGUGCACGAUUAUUUUCUAUUGCAAGUUAUCAGUCCUGAUAAACAAAUAAAUACAAUGCUACAAGUACCUAAAGACGAACUUAGAAAAAUAAUAAGAACAAUUUAGUUAUAUUGAAUUGAAACAAAGAAGUUUUUUUUGUUAUUAGUAAUAAUACGAACCUGCAAUUUUUUAUGUGAAUACUUUAUUACUUUAUAUUAAAUUACAUUUUAUAUUUUUUCAUGAAAGAAUUACUUUCGAAAUAUUGAUAACAUAAAAGUAUGUAAAAAUUUUAAAACAUUCGAUGCAAAACUUAUUCGAGAAUUACAUUUUCAUUUGUAAGACACACCUGUUGUGACCCUUAAAAUACAAUAGACAAAAUUGCCGGCUUGUAUUACUUAUAUGUUAAUUUUUAUAUGAAGUGAAUCAUUUUUUCUGUUUAUUGUAAAUAUUUUCAUGGAAGAUCUGGAAUAAUCUCUUAAGUUUUAUUGGAAAAAGAUCUUAAAUUUCAAGGAGACAUUUAAAUUUGGUUGUUUUAAUAUUUCAUUAUGUUUUUAUGAUUAUAAUUAGAUAUGUAUCUUCAUAUGGACGACCGCAUGAACUUAUUAAUCUGUAUUGUAGCUAAGUAAAUACAAUUAUUUUUGUUUGUUUCUUAUGUCGAAUAAUUAUUUUUAUACAAAUAACUGAUUUUAAUAUUGAGGCUACGAGGAUGAUCCGAAACAGAAAAGUCUGAAGAUAUUUCAUCGAUAAAGUGAAGAACGAUACUGCCACUGUUAACUGAAUAUGAUGGUUAGGUUUAGUAUUUUUAAAUAAAAUUUAUUGAGAUGAUCUAGUGACGAUUCUUAAAUAUGAUUUGUUUUUCACUUUUUUCUGUUUCAUAGGAUUUCACCCAAUGCUAUAUUCCAUGUUUUUUUUAAUUUUUUUACUCAUAUAUUUGGUAUAUCAAUUCUUUUAACUUGUCUAUUAUUGUACAAACCAUAAUCCUUCUCUAAUUUCCAAAUUUCUCAUAUAAUUUGAGAUUUGCGGAGUACAAUGUACAAUGUAUGCACGGGAAAUCUACAAGCUGUUUUAAAAUCAAUAACUGACUAUAUUAUAUAGUCAGAAGUGGUUUUGGACUGAACAAAUUUAUAGAACUAGUGGUUCUUAAAAUUCGAAUAAAGUAGUGCUUCAAUUUAGUAAGGUAGAUUUAAGUACGCUAACUUACAGUGUAAAUAUUAAGGUAUUUGCACAAUAUAAGAAAGCAAAAGGAAGCUUCAGAACACAUUUUCAGAGGUAGUGUAGAUGAGGCAAGGAGACACAGCUAAAAGGAAGUUCCUCCAAGAAAAUUUUUAUAUACAUGUAAAUUUGUAGUUUUACCAAAAGAUUCUUUAUAUUGAUGCAACAGUAGUACAAUAUUAAAGGAAAAUCCAAGGUCCAAGUGACUUAGAGAAAUAUGGAAAAUUGUAAGAGAGGUGCUAUUCCUUGUUCACAUGUUCACAGAUUGUAUGUAUGUAAGGAGAUACUAAUUGUUCAACAACUUGAGGAAGAGGCUUUGAAAAAACUUUCAAGGACGCGUGUAAAUUUGUGGAGUCAUCAAAAGAUCUCUUUUAUAUCAAUGUAAGAAUAGGUAGAUCCACAAUUCAACAAAGUAUGAAAAAAAUGAAGCAGUUCCACUUGAUUUAAAGGGAUUAGGAAAAGUAUAAACAAGCAGCUUCAAGUGUAUUGAACGCUUUAAGGUCAGAGGUCAUAAAAAUUGGUUUUUCACGAAUAUCUCGCUUCCUAUUAUUUAAAUGAGGUUUGCACUACUUAUGAAAGUUGUAGGGUAUAAAAUUCUCUACAACUUUUGUAUAAUUAAAUAACGCCCAUUAUUUAUGUACUUAUUAUUAAUUAUUCAUAUUUAAUUAAAAUAAGUGACUUAACUAUUUAUAUUUAACUAUAGUAUAUUAUGAAUUCUGGAUUAUAUAUUUCAAAUUAAAAAGGACAGUAAGGGAAUAUAUUUCACACAUAUCUUUAUUUAUCAUUAACCUUGCGCAACUAUCAUGUUUGAUUGUAACAUACAAGCUAACAUCAGUCUCCGAGCCCGUAAAAGAAAAUGUUACAUCAUUGGAAUCCUAAGUGUUGAUAAUAUAUCAUUAUCAACUUCUAGAAAAUUACAGUAAGCAACCUAAAAUAAAAACGGAAAAUUUAUUAUUAUUGUAGUAGAAACUAAAAUGAGGAUUCCCUAAACAUCAGUUCUUAAUUAUAAAAGCACAAAUUAUAACAAUCCUAAUUACUGACUUAAAAUUUUUUUGUUACAAUUGAAAUGAUUCUUAUCUUUAUGAUUUUUGGAAUGUUUUUUCUGGUUGCCCAGAAUUUUAGAGAACACUCUUCUGAGUUGUUUUGACUGUACAUUCAUCUUAAAUAUCACAUGAGUUAAUGGAUGCUAUAUUUCAUGCACCAUAAACAUUACUAACGGCCAACGUCCUGUAAUUCGCGCAAAGUUAUAUGCCACCUUUUGUUGACAUCUAACCAA